CAAUGAAAAGUAGGAGUAGUUGAAUAGUUGGAGAGCUCCGCAUAAGUCCACAAACCAAAAUUCUCGCUAUUGCAAAUUAUUCUCAAAUUAGAAGCGUUUGCCUCGCCUGCUGAAAUGGCUCCAUCUCUGAGCACUUCAUGUAGAGUGUUCCUUCUCCUGCCUCUUAUUGGAGUAUGUUUUACGAAACUUGCAAGAGAUGGUGUGAGGUCUGAACUCCUCAUCUUCCAUCAUUCAUGUGCCCUAAAGAAAGACAUAGGGCCCUGCAAGGCAUUGAAGGACAGAUUCUACUUCGACAUUGAUACAGGUCGCUGUGAGCCCUUUGAAUAUGGAGGCUGUCCAGGCAAUGCAAACAAUUUCGAGACCCUGCAGAAGUGUGAAGAAAUGUGCCUUGUGAGAGAGAAUAAGAAUCCAUGCCACCUGGAGGAUGAGCCUGGGCCAUGUCGAGGGCUGGUGCCUCGCUAUUUUUUCGAUGGCAAGAGCCAGGAAUGCAAACAAUUCUUUUAUGGUGGUUGCUUUGGAAAUGCCAAUAACUUCAAGACAAUAAAAGAAUGCCAGGACAGAUGUCUACAUGAUGUUCUUUUGAAUGCAUCACAUUCACUACAGCAUAGUGUGUUACAACCAGCUGCACCAGAGGAAGAAGACAAACCUGCUACAGAAGCCCUCACUAAGCAUGAGUUCACUCCCCCUGACAUUUGCAGUAGUCCAAUUGAUAGGGGCGAUUGCGUUGGCUCAGAAAGAAGAUACGUCUUCAACACCAGAACUGGGAGAUGCCAGAUGUUUCGCUACAGUGGCUGUGGAGGCAACAAAAACAACUUUGCCCUCAAGAAACACUGCAUUAAGAUGUGCAUGAAAGAUCACAACCGGAUAAAGCAAAUACGAAUAAAGACGAGGACCUCAAACAUCUUAUUCCGAUCUGUCUAGGAUGAACAACAUUUUGUAUCAUGGGUAUCAUGGUAGAGAAUAUAAGAAAUAGUAGUAUCUGCCAUAUCAUUGACUCACACAUUAAUGCCAUUCAUAAAUCAUGAAUGGAGUAAUAAUGGAUAUUAACUUGGAAUUUUUUAUGUUGGACUUUUAGGUAUUUUAUGUUGCUUAUUUUAAGUGUGCAACCCAAGAUCAUUUUCUGCCUAAACUGUAUAUUGUAUUCUGGGGACGAAAGGACUAAUUUACUGUACAUUUCAUUACUCAUCCUUUCACUACAAAUCACUUCUGUAGUUUUUGCUUAUUCUCUAUGGGGUUAUUUAACACUGAGGAUUUAUGACAAGAGUCAUAAAAAAGUCAAAAAUUGCAGUUUUUUGGCAAAGGGUUCUAAAUAGUCUUUCUAUCUAUCUGUAAUUUUUUAUAUAUAUAUAUAUAUAUUUUCUCAAUGUUUAAAUUACUUAUUUGUAUUUUUAUUACAUGUGUACACUCCAAAUAUUUUAGUAUAUUUUGUGAUGUCAAUGUGCUAUAAAGUUGUGGCCCUCUUAUGAAAAAAAUAUGACUUCAUUUUUAUGAAUACGUUUUUAAGGUGCCCUAGUAGCAUAUAAACAAGCAUAAUUUAACAAAAGCUAAAUAUAUAGAAGGUAACCUAGAGAUCAUAAAUAAAUAACCCAUUUACCCCUUCAGAGUGUCAUUAUUUACUAAAAUCCUAAUCUACCAACAGCCUGUUGAGUCCAUUCUUAAAAAUAUUUCAAGACUCAUUCCAGGUUCAACAAUAAUGAUGAUGGCCCAGUUCCAAUGUGAGAGUUUCAGGUCAGUUGACGCAACUGUAACUUGCCUUAUCAGGCUAAUGUUGCACUGUUACAUCUUAUGUUUGUUGUUCAUGUGCCUUUAUGCCUUGCAAACAUUUGGAUUUCUUCCACUAAAACAGUCUGUUUGCAGACACUAAUUACUUUGAAAUCAGAAUUUAGAUAAUAGAACUAUCAAUCAAGCAAGCAUAAAUGUGUUCCUAAUAGUGUGCUGCAGAGAUAAUUAUGAUGUGUUCCCCUAACCAGAAGCUUGACUUGAUACAAUAGUUUGAAAAAUGUGUGGAAACCAACAAUGUUUUGAGAAGCUCCAUGUUUGGGUUAGUAAAUAUAUUGGAAAUCACAAGGUAUUUCUUAAAGGGAUAGUUCCCUCCAAAAUGAAAAUUCUCUCAUAAUUUACUCACCCUUAUACCAUCUCUUUUUUUUUUCCUUUCUUCUGCAGAACACAACGUUUUAGAAGAAUAUCUCAGCUCUGUAGGCCCAUACAUUGCAAGUGAAUGGUGACCAGACAUUACAAGCACCACAAAUCUCAUAAAGGCAGCAUAAAAUUACUCCAUAUGACUCCAGUGGUUUAAUAUAUACAUUCAGAAGCGAUAUGAUGGGUGAGGGUGAAAAACAGGUAGAUAUUUAAUAAUGUUUCUUUUUUUUUUAACUAUAAAUGUCCAUUUCACUUUCUCAAAGUGAAAGUGAAGAUUUAUAGUAAAAAAAAGAUUGAAAUAUUGAUCUUUCCUCACCAUAUGUAUGAGUCAUAUGUAUUACUUUUAUGCUGCCUUUUUGUGAUUUCUGGACUGCAGUAAAGAUAGUUUGCGGUUAGCAAUUUGGGGCGUUUUUCUGCUUUUUAAAGACAACAAAUGUGAUUCAUUUUCUUAGUCCUGAUUUGUAAAUAUAUCCUUUAAUGCAUAUAAAAUCAAGACACUAUAUGCCAGGAAAGUGAAACCAACCUGAAAUUAACCAGGCUGAUUUGAAUUUUUUCACAAAUCUUGUUUUUGUCUGUCAGAUGUUUGCAAGUCAUUAAAUCAGGAAGGUGUUAAAUGUGGGUUUUUAUGAAUAAUUACUAUUCCUGGUUAAAAUGACCACCUGAUUUGUGAAUGUUUUCACAAUCGAGUUUUCAUCCACCGGAUCCCUGCAACCCUGCAU